CUCAAUUCUAUAUACAUAGUCAGCCAGCGCACAAUCGCUAUUUUUCUGUUAGGCGAACAUUAUAUAAAGACGUUGGUGAUAUUACGCUAGUGUAUUUCUGGGAUAAUCUAAUCGUGUGAGAAUUGGCUCAUAGUCAAAACACAUUUCUUGGCAUCAUAAUUUUACGAAGUGUCUGCUACAAACACGGGAUUUAUGCAUUUUAUCAAGAGCGAGACCAUGACGUCAUCAGCGUAGCAUGGUGCUACAAUAACAGAUUGUCUCGAUGAAAGAUUUUUAGUAAAGUCAUAGCAGACGAACUAUGAGCAUGCCUAAGUCACCUCGUUCAAGUACUUCAGAUAACCUUCUUCAACUCAAUCUCAAAGACCACUACGAGGUUCUACGAGACCUUGGUAGAGGCACUUACGGGAAAGUAGUUCUUGCGAAAUGUAUGGAGACGGGAACAAAUGUCGCCUUAAAGGUGUUGCCAAAAAGCUCCACUAAGCUACGAGAGUUUCAGCGGGAGUUUCAGUAUAGUUAUUUUUUGUCUCCGCACAGUAACAUUGUAGACUCGUACAAUGUGGCCUUUGAAACUAGAAGUUCGUAUGUUUUCGCGCAGGAAUACGCUCCAGUUGGGGAUUUGUUCGAUGCCAUUCCACCACAAGUCGGUAUGAAAGAAAGAGAUGUUAAACUGGUUGUGAAACAAAUAGCAUCAGCUCUGGAGUUUAUGCACAGUAAGCAACUCGUGCACCGUGAUAUUAAACCAGAGAAUGUGUUAAUUUUCGAAGCAGACUUUAAUAAAGUAAAACUCAUGGACUUCGGAAUGACGCGGAAAGACGGCAAUGUGAUAAGAAAAACUAACGGAAGCAUUCCAUAUACCCCUCCAGAGAUAUGUGAAGCCGUCCGGAAUGAAAAUAUAACUGUGUCAUCAAGUGGGGACGUAUGGGCAUUUGGAGUGCUUUUGUUUUGCAUGCUCACGGGCAAUUUUCCUUGGGAAAAUGCGGACAUUGGUGAUAUAUACUUCAGUGAAUUUGUAACUUGGCAACGUAGAAAAACCUCAAAAAUACCGUCACAAUGGAAACGCUUCACACCAAAAUUUCUGCGAUAUUUCAGAAAAGUUUUAGACAUUAAACCAGAGAGACGGUGUGAUGUGAAAGAAAUAAUGAAGUAUCUCAAUGACAAUUGGUUGCUGCCAUGUCGCAACUCGGACGACUCAACGGAAGAGGAUGAGGAUGAAUGCGCAUCCGGAAGUGACCAAGCGGAUAACUUGGCUCUUAUCCUUCAAAAUCAUGGUAUUGACACUAAAGUAGACAAACAUUUACGAGACGUACGAAUAUCAGAGUGGUUAUUAUCUCUGUGACUAGUGAAGGACCUGCAGCCGUUACAUCAUUACCAUGCUAACAAACUUCGGUGCUUUUUCUGUGACUCAAGCGUGCGGUUGCUUUUGGUAACGCUGACGUUUAUAAGCGUAAUUGUGAUGUUAUUCAAGUGAUUAUAUUGUGCAAUUAUCGUGUAUAUACAAUAAGUUUGAAUUGUUAUUAUCCGUAUUUAUGUUACGAAACAUUAUUGUUGCAUUAACAGACGAUAGUUGUUUAGUUAUGACGUCAAUUUACAUUCCUAUUAUCACGAAUUGUUAUGUUAUGAAAUGAUACGCCAAAAUAGUAUUGAAAAUAUUAAGACAAUGUAAAAUUACAAUAUGUAAUUUAUUACGUGUUAUUCCAGUUAUUUUCCUUAUCGGAAUAUUUUGCAGGAGUUUGGGUUGUAAAAUAAAUCGAUCAGAUACUCA